UACAUGGUAACAGCGGAGGAUUCAAACGGAACAUGGCUGCAGGCACAGAUGUCGAUGAAAACACAAAAAAUACAAGAGGAACAGUGAACAGUAUGGUGACCAAUAUAGAAGAAUCACCAGGGGGCUCCCGAGCUGGCCGACCACCAGUCAUCUUCAACCCAGACUUUUUUGUUGAGAAACUCCGCCAUGAGAACCCUGACGUUUUCCUGGAGCUGGUGUUAAGUAACAUCACUCGGCUCAUUGACCUUCCUGGUACAGAGUUUGCUCAGCUCCUUGGUGAGGAGGGUCCGAAGACGCCAACCAGUGGAAAUGGAGGCUUUUUUCGCUCUUUCAACUUCCUCAAACGUAAAGAUAAAGGUGUUGUGUUUGGAACCCCUCUGACAGAGAGCUGCAUCGCCCAGAUCUACCAGCUCAUAGAGUACCUCAGCAAAAAUCUGCAUGUGGAGGGCUUGUUCCGGGUGCCAGGGAACAGUGUUCGGCAGCAGACUUUGAAGGAGCUCCUCAACAGCGGGACUGAUGUCGACCUGGAUUCUGGAGACUUUCACCCCAACGACGUGGCCACACUGUUAAAAACGUUCCUAGGAGAGCUGCCGGAGCCCCUGCUCACACACAGACACUUCCACGCACACCUUAAGAUUGCAGAUAUGACCCUGUUUGAUGAACAAGGCAACAAGACUACAAUUCCCAACAAGGAGCGACAGAUAGAGGCCCUUCAGCUUCUCUUCCUGCUCUUACCUCAGGCCAACCGCUCACUGCUCAAGCUGCUGCUGGAUCUGCUCUACUACACGGCCAAGCAGCAGGACAAGAACAAGAUGUCGGCCUUCAACCUGGCGCUCAUGUUUGCCCCCCACGUCCUCUGGCCCAGACAUAUGACGGCCGGUGACCUGAAGGACAAUCUGAAGAAACUAAAUAACAGCAUGGCCUUCCUCAUCAAACACUCACAAAAACUCUUCAAGGCUCCAAUCUACCUGCGGGAUUACGCUAAAGUUCACUUCACUGGGACCAAGGCUCUGCAGACCAAAGAUGAUCUGGAGCUUUUGGCGGCGGGCAGCUGUAUUGCUCAGCGGAGAGGGUUGCCUCUGAAGAGGUCAGCUGUUCCCAUGGGCCCCUGCUCUCAGGAGCAGUGUCAAUCACCGGCUCAACAGUACACGGAGGAAGCCCUGAAGGAGCUCUUCAGACACGUCCACCACAACAUGCCUGACUCGGCCAAGAAGAAGAAGCUCGUCAGACAGUUAGUCAAACAGACGACCUCGGAGACACCUACUAAUGAGAAACAGCAUGGCCCCCCAGCCCCCAGCAAGAAACAUCCCCGCUCGCGAUCCUUUGGUGGACUAAUUAAGCGCAAAGCUCGUGGUGAGCAGCUGACUGUAGAGGGACGGGUAAGACACAUCUCCCCCGAUACCGUCACAAGAACCAGAAGGAAAACUGGCAAAGAGAAUGUCAUCCUGCAAGCUGUGAACAGCCCACUGAAUGGUCCUGUGUUGGGAAAGGCAGGGCUGGUUGUAAAAAACCCAGAUUUUACUUUCUAUAAGGACAAAGCUCUGAAGGUUUCUAAGCAGGAAUCUCCUUCUGUUACCAGGACAUAUUUCUCUCCUGCUUAGGAGAUCUAAGUGGAUCAAACUGACUCCUUCUCCUCUUCUCAAACAGGACAUGAGCAGUAUUAAUAUCAUUAUUCCUCAUUGUGUUUUAUUUGAGUCAGUCUAUUUUAAAUGUGACUAAUAUACAGCAGCGUUAGUUUGUGUCAGAGCAGCCAAACCAAAGCAAAGAACUUUAAUUUGCUUUUAUAGGCCCCAAAUAAAAAGAGCCAUCAUAGUAAAGAGACAUUUAGAAUACAUUAAGGUAUCAUGACCUCAACAUGUCAUGAUGCUUAAUGUUUUCAUGUAUAGGAAUACUUUCAGUCUCAGUGGUUUGUCUGUAUUUCAACCCUGAGAAAAUAUUAAAUCUAUUAAUGACACUUUUAAUGUUAUUUUAGUUUAGUUUUGAAACCAGGAUAUGGUCUGAGAUUAAAAUUACUUUUUAACCUUUCUAUUUAAUUUAUUAAAACUUUGUAUUUAGUUUUGCUUGUUUUCUGUAAAUAGAUGUGAGGUGACUCGAUGUAGGGCUGAGUUUUAUUCAUUGCAAUCAUGUAUAACCUUAUUACAGUAACAUGUUGGCAAAAUCAGAAUCACCUGAUCGACUGAAAAAUCACGUUUUAAAUAUACUGAACUUCUUUUACAUGAGCUUAAAUUCUCAGAUGAAUCACUGUUGAAUUUUUAAAUAAUUUAUGAGCUAUUACCGUUAAAUCAAUAUGUAUCAGUUAUGAAGCCUUCAAAAAUGUGUCCCACAGAGGGCGCUAUUGCAUCAAUGUUAACUUUAUGAAAAGAAGAAAACACCAAGUCUCAAUAAGUAUUUUGCAGUUUGUGGACGGGUCCCCCAGAGCCAUGUGGAUUAUUAAUUCAGCCGUUUUUGAACACCUCAUCUGUGUAGUAAAUGACUAAACUUAAACAUACUUAUUGUUAUAAAGACCUGAAACAAGGCACACAUAUUAAUGCUGUUGGCUUAAAACUUAAAACCAUUGAAACUUCUGUGCUAGAACUCCGAUCCAGCAGAGUCUCAAACGUUGUAAUCAAACUUUAUCCUGGGUCUUUGCUUUGGUUUGUCUCAGCUGGCCUCAGACCUGCUUGUGCCAGUAAUCACUUAAAUUUGUUUUUCAAGCUACUGUAUCAGUGUCCAUGACCACUAGCAAGCUGUGCUAACAGCCUGCUGUAGAGUGUAGAAUAUACAUGUUGUACAGUAUUUGUGUGUGUUAAGUUUUUUUUUUUUUAGACUUAUUGGGAACUUCGGCAGUUGGUACGAUAUUUGUUAACACUUCGGUAACUGGAUCUUUGUGUGUGCUGUACAGAAUCAGUGAGCAGGUCACUUUAUUGUUUAGUGCUUCUUUUUUUAUGCAAACAGGACAAAAUUAAUAAUCGCCUUUUUAUUUUUAACACAGUUUAUUAUGAUACAUUUUCUUGGACCCUUGUUUCUGAAUCUGUGAAAUGUGAAAUGUUACAAUCCCAGAAUGUCUCAUGAAACUGGACAUCUUUUUUAAAAACAUUUAUUUGUUUUCUUAUUUUAACUAAUGCCCGACAUGUUGUUUGACAUUUAAAGAGGGUAAGAGAUUUAUGAUGUUGAUGGGUCAAAGUUAAGUCAGUUUACGUUGCUGAAUUGAGCAGAAAUCCGUUAAGAGUCAAGUCUUCUCUUUUUUUGAACUUGUGAGUUAUUUCUACUAUUUAAAAUUUAGCCUGAAGGGGCCACAUUCUUGGUACAUUAAGAAAACAGGCCCGUUACAGUUAUUCAUGUUGACUUUAUUGAGUGCUAUUCCAGAAUAUUGAUGAGACCUUUUAUUAGACGGUGACAAUAUGAAGUCAUUCAGUGAUUCUCAGGAGGAAAGUUAGAGCAUUGAGAGGUUUCUGAUAGAGAGGACGACCAAAUGUCUCGAAAAACCACGUUUGGUUUUAUGAUUAUAAACUACUUUACAAAACACCAUGAAGUAAGCUCAAUGUAUCAAAUGUAUCCAUGGUUUUUAGGGUCUUUGCUUAACACAAAUAUCUGUACCAUCUGAUUCACAUACAGUACAGAAACACAUUACAAAGGACAAACAUCUCUUUCCCAUAACUCUUUUCUUUCUUAUCAUCUCUGGUAUGUAAAUGUUUGGUCCGUCCUCAAGAAGCCUACAUGCUGAUCAAAUCACAGAAAAAUGGUGGGUUUGAUCUUUUAAGAAAAGGUUCAAAGUAAAAAUGUUAAUAUUUGAGGUUGUGCAGAUUUGAUUUCCUUUAGCUUUACUCGUCAUGGCUUGACUUAACUGAUUUCUGCUCAAUUUCGUUUUUUAGAAAGGUACAUGUGCACCAGUAACAGUUCCAAAUAUUCAGCCCUGACAAGGUCAAUGAUUUUCCAAAAAUGUGAAGUUCUGACUGGAGUAAAUGCAUGUUUCUGAACUCAGCUGUAGGUUAGCUUCAUUGUUUAUUUGUAAAGUAAAUGAUGGUAAAAAUCUUCUUCUUUUUAAGAUUUAUUUUAGGGCUUUUUAGGCCUUUAUUUCGAGAUAGUAUAGUGGAUUGAGUCAGAAACCAGUGAGAGGGAGAGAGUGGGGAACGACAUGCAGGAAAGAAGCCAAAUGACAGAUUCAAACCCGGGCCGUCCGCUCUCGAGGACUAAGCCUCCUGUAUGGUGCCCGUGCACUAACCAAUAGGAUACCAGCAAAGAUGUCUUCUUCCUUUAAGGGUGCAAAACUUACUAUCCUUGUUAAGUGGUUCUUAGACCUCCCCCCCCCCCCCCCCCUCAGUGUUUGGAGUCUGUUACUGGUGCAUCCUGUUUGUUUUGAAGGUGCUGUGGAAGUUGUUAUGAGGGGAUGAUUGAAAGUGGUUGUGAUGUGUAGAUGACAUGUCAGGUAAAAACACCUUACCUCCUUUGGUUUCACAGUAUAAUGUUGACUCCUGAAGAUCAUUUUGUACUGUGGUGACUACGUUAACUAUUUUAAAAAUGUGAGUACUAGAUCAAUCUGACUGAAUUCUU